GACUAUUUGCAUCUGCAUGGAGGAGGGAAUGGAGGACGGAAUGGAGGGCAUAUUCGACCCUGGGGAGGUGGUAGAUCUGGAGUGUGGUGAUGAGGGUGAGGGGGUGGGUGCGAGAAGGUGUCCCCGGGUGCUACUUCUGUCUUCUGCUCGUCGCAACCCUCCUGGACCCAACGCUGCCGGCAGAACACAGGGACAAACGUCAAACCUCAGCUGGGGACGUGACGUGGACGGUGACGAGACAAGAGCGACAACUCCUACCGAACGUGAUCCAGGGCCUCAGUUCCUUCCUCGUUCCCAGUUCCAACGACCAAAAUUCGAAUCCGAAUUUGAAUCCGAAUGCUCCCGCGGGGGAAUCGAAUCCCCUGUUGGACGCCUUGGCCGAGAGUGCCAUCUAUCAGCUGGGCCAGCAAGUGUUGGGGCCUCAGGUGGCCGCAUCGUUGAGGCCGUACACCUACAACUUUUUCCCUCGGCCGUCGGAAGUGAAAGAUUUCGUCUCGGAUUCUCCAGUGAGGAUCGAGGCGGGGAAACUCGUCUUGGACAUUCCGAAUCGCCAGGAUGCCGCUCAGGUCGAAGCGGCUCGGUCGUGUCGGACUCCCCAAGGGGGAUCGGGGAAAUGUUUGGACCUCAAUCACUGCCCGGAACUCAUUCUGGACUUCCUCCAACUUCGUGGGUCCGUCUGCUUCCGGAGACUUUUUGUGCCCGGCGUCUGCUGUCCGGAUCGAUCAUCCUCCGAUAAUCGACUAGAAGCGGCGGGACAAGCAGGGGGGUUCGCGGUGGUCCCGGCGACGACGCUGCCUCCACUGACGACCACGACCACGACCACAACGACGACCACUCCACCGCCUCCACCGUCGUCGUCGGCGAGCGAGGGACUCCUGGACAGCCUGUUGGGUCUCUUCCUCAAUCGACCCUCGAACGGACUCGGAGGUCAACCGCCACAGCUGGGGCUCGGCCCGGUUCCUCCCGCUGCUGCUCAGGCCAGAAUACGUUGUGGGGUGUCGGUGGCACCAACGUUCCGAGUGGUGGGUGGGGUGGAGAGCCGUCCGGGGCAAUGGCCGUGGAUGGCAGCCAUAUUCCUGCAUGGACCACGGAAGACGGAGUUCUGGUGCGGGGGGACCCUCGUCAGCAACCAGCACAUCCUCACCGCUGCGCAUUGCACCCGCGACUCCAAGCAGCGCCUGUACGUUACGCCUUCUUCGACGAUCGUUUUAGAGACAUUGAGUGGAAACCUCCUUUAG